AUGCAGUUUCCCGGUGGUAUCAAGUACACAAGUGACGGCUUGGAAGCAACAUUUGGCAACCAUGUUGGACACGCGGCCUUGUUCCACCUUCUCCGACCGUUUCUUGCAGAAGAUGCCCGGGUCGUCGUAACGAGCAGCGCAACGCACGACCCAGCGCAAAAGACGGGUGUGCCCGAUGCAGACUACACUUUUGCAGAAGAACUGGCACAUCCAACUGGCGAGGCAGCCAAAAACAGCGGAAUGCAGCGGUAUGCAACAAGCAAGCUGUGCAACGUCCUGUGGUCGUACGCCUUGCAUCGCCGGUUUGCUGGCACUCCGGGCAAGCAAUGGACUGUCGUUGUGUUUGAUCCAGGUAUGAUGCCUGGUACAGGCUUGGCGCGUGAAGCAGGACCUGUGUUCAGAUUUUUCUGGCGCAGAGUGCUCCCCACACUCGUCCCAUUGCUGCGUCGAGUCCUGUCUUUCAGUGUUUGGAUGGCCCAGGAAUCGGGGUCGAAUUUGGCUUGGGUUGCAUCAGAGACAUCUACCAGCGGUGUGUAUUAUGAUGCUAGAACCGAGAUUAAGUCGAGUGUCAGCAGCUAUGAGGUAAAGCAGGAGGAUCUUUGGAAGUGGACAAGCGAGUAUAUUGCGAAUAUUUUGAACGAGGAGCAGGAGCUUGUAACGGACGAACUGUGCUAA